AGAGUGACCACACCAGCCAGUCAUAAGACUCCAGUUGGCCAAGUUCUUGUAGCGCCGACAUGGACUCAUGGGAUGACGAUGAAUUCGAAGUGCCUUCGUUGAACGAAAAGAAGCCCGUCGUGGCCAACUGGGACGACGAAGAAGAGGAAGACGAACCGGCACCCGUGGCCGCUGCGCCCAAGCCGGCGGCUCCUACUGGCCCUUUGAAGCCCAAGCAGCUGAAGAAGCAGAUCCUCAAGGAACAGGAAGAAAAGCACAAGUUGGAAGUUGCCAUCGCCCGUGCCCGGGCCGAAGACGAACGCAACAUGACGGCGGACGAGCUCAAGGCGAAGCAGAUUCGUGCGAUCGAACACUCAGACUUUGAAAACACGCUGGACGCGUUUGGGUUGUCGGCGAACCCGAAUGUCGAGCGCAAAAAAGUAACUGGGCCCAACGAAGUCGAGACGUUGGUCACAAACAUGAAGCUCGCGAGCUUGGCCGACCACGAAGAGCUUGGAAGUUUGGUGGGCAAACGUUUGGCUAACUCGAACGCCAAGUACGUUGUGGAGUUUAUGAAGACGUUAAUAUCGCAUGCGAGUAACAACUUGACGGCGGACGACAUGAAGGAUAUCACGACGAUCGUGAACGUCAUCAAGAACGACAAGAUCGCGGCCGCCAAGCCCAAGAGCAAGAAGAAGAAGAUCACGGGCAAACAAGGCUAUGCCAAGGUCGAGCGCAGCGGUGGUGGUGGCAUGGACGAUUUUGAAGAUGACGGCGAAGACUUUGACGACUUCAUGUAGAACUAAUACAUAAACCUAUGUUGCCGUCGACGCUA